AUGGAUAGAAUCAGCGAAUUACCAGAUUCUUUGGUAACUCAAGUCUUGUCACACCUUCCGACCAAAGUUUCGGUUAAGACAAGCAUUUUGUCGAAGAGAUGGGAAUCUGUCUGGCGUAGGGUUCCUGGACUUGACUUUAGGUUUUUUUAUUUCCGUAAAGAAGAAGCCUUGGAGAGCUUCGUCAACAAAUUUCUAGAAUUUAACAAAGAGUCACAAAUGCAAACGUUCAAGUUCCAGAACGAGAAAUGCAAUGAUGAUCGACUCGAGGAGUGGAUUGAGACAGCAGUUGCUCGCGGAGUUCAACAUUUAUCUGUUCAGAUUGAAGAGAUUGAAGACAUUGAAGAGGUUGAUCCUCCUUAUGUAACUCAGGAAAUUUACAGGAGAAACACAUUGGUUUCUUUAUAUCUCAUAGGCGUAGGAAUCGAGACUCCCGAUUGUGCUGUCUCUCUUCCUCGCCUCAAGGUCAUGCAUAUUGAAGACGUUCAGCAUGAUGAUGAUCUUUUGAUCGUGGAGAAUAUCAUAUCCGGGUGUCCUGUUCUUGAGGUUCUUGCAAUCAUAAGGACUACUGAAUCUGAGAGUCUAAGUGCUGUGAAGUCCCUCCGCGUGAGGUCUCAGACUCUUAGAAGUUUUAAGAUCUUGUUUGAGAAUUGGUUUGGUGGUAUGCAUUAUGCAGUUGAGAUUGAUGCUCCGAGUCUGGAGUAUAUGAGUUUUCGAGAAGACAAUUCUGGUGUCAUUGUAGUCAAGAACCUGACUUCUUUAUACGCCAUUCAUAUUGAUACUGAGUUUAAUCUUGGCUUUGCUAACUAUGAUGGCAAUCCCUUGGGACCCAAGGAUUCAAGCAAGAUAAAGACUAUCCAUGAUUUUCUAGAGGGUAUUUCUGGUGUAAGACAUGUUCAUCUCUCCGUCUACUAUUGA